UAGUUACCACGUACUUGCGCCCGUCCCGGAAGUGGGCUGGCCUCCCCCUGAGGUUUCUGCUCCUAAGGGGCGACCGUCGCCAAGGUGGCGGUCACUGCAUCCCGGCCCACCUCCGCGGCCCUGGGCGUGGUAUCAGCGAGCCCUGGGACUAUGACGGGUCAGGGCCAGUCGGGAUCAGGGUCGUCGGUGUGGAGCACGAUAUUCCGCCACGUCCGGUACGAGAAUCUGGUAGCGGGCGUGAGCGGCGGGGUUCUGUCCAACCUCGCGCUGCACCCGCUCGACCUCGUGAAGAUCCGCUUCGCCGUGAGUGAUGGAUUGGAACUGAGACCAAAAUAUAAAGGAAUUGUGCAUUGCUUGACUACCAUUUGGAAACUUGAUGGACUACGGGGACUUUACCAAGGAGUAACCCCAAAUGUGUGGGGUGCAGGUUUAUCCUGGGGACUCUACUUUUUCUUUUACAAUGCCAUCAAAUCAUACAAGACAGAAGGAAGAGCUGAUCGUUUAGAGGCAACAGAAUACCUCGUCUCGGCUGCUGAAGCUGGAGCCAUGACCCUCUGCAUUACAAACCCAUUAUGGGUAACAAAAACUCGCCUUAUGUUACAGUACAAUGGUGUUGUUAACUCCUCACAACGACAAUAUAAAGGAAUGUUUGAUACACUUCUGAAAAUAUAUAAGUAUGAAGGUGUGCGAGGAUUGUAUAAGGGAUUUAUUCCUGGGCUGUUUGGAACAUCACAUGGUGCCCUUCAAUUUAUGGCAUAUGAAUUGUUGAAGUUGAAAUACAACCAGCAUAUCAAUAGAUUACCAGAAGCCCAGUUGAGCACAGUAGAAUAUAUAUCUGUUGCAGCACUAUCGAAAAUAUUUGCCGUGGCAGCAACAUACCCAUAUCAAGUUGUGAGAGCUCGUCUUCAGGAUCAACACAUGUUUUACAAGGGCGUGUUGGAUGUAAUCACAAAGACAUGGAGGAAAGAAGGCAUCGGUGGAUUUUACAAAGGAAUUGCCCCCAAUUUGAUUAGAGUGACCCCAGCCUGCUGUAUUACUUUUGUGGUAUAUGAAAAUGUCUCACAUUUUCUACUUGACCUCAGAGAGGAAAAAAAAGUAAGCUAGAAGAAGAUCAUCUCAAUUCGUCUGCUUAACGCAGCAGUUGCUCCUUUGUGUUUGAGGUAUAAACCUCAGAAGAAUGCUGCACAGCAACAUGGUUCAUAAUGGAAAUUGGUGUAUAAUCAUUAGAAGUCAAAGAACUGCUAAGACUUUGCAAUGUUGUUUUGCUCUUUGCCUUCCCCAUAUGUUUGGGACUUGGCUACCUCUGCCAGAAAUGGCUCCCAUCAACAUGACAGUAAAACUGACGUCAAGUGGAGAACUUCACAAAUUUCUCUAUUUUAGUGUUCAAGUAGAAGCUGAUCACAGCAUUUGCUAAAUGGAUUAGAUGAAUGUGCUUCUUUUUGUGAACUCAUUUGCCUGGAUCGGCUUUAAAAUCAAUCUGUGUGCAAUAGCAAGAAAAUGGCUUCUGAAAAGAAUUGUCGUUGUUUCAAGAGUAAAUUAAACUUUAAGGAUUUGCUGGAAAAAUUGUUGCUUAAAUCCAGACCAUUUUUGAAUUGAGAAAUUUUGGUGAGGGGAAAAAAAACACCACCACCGUAAAUGUGCGUUAGUUUAAAUUCAGUUGGAAUGUGCUAACUAGGGAGAUUUGAGACGUAUAUACUUCUCUUCAUUUGAGAAAUAUAUUUGUUGUCAUUCUGUCAUUAAUUUUUUCCCUGGGGGCUCUUCCAUAGUUUAAAAUGUAAUUGUGGAUCCAGUUAUUAUAUUUUUUGACAUUGGUACUUGGUGUUUCUUAAACUUAA